AUGAUUGGAAUGGUCAAUGUACAGUGCGAUUCGCCCAUAGACUACUACGCGGCCGCACCUCUUCAUCCGACUCCACGCAGCUCCUGUGACGAAGUGGUGAGGCCUCCUUUGAAACGGACUCCGUCGUAUCGACCAUUAUUUUUGAGUCACAAACACAAGGUUGAAUAUUCUGCCGAUGGAAGGAAGAUGACCGAUGGCGUCAUGACAGAGAAAGCAGAGCCAAACAAGCUAUGGGAGGAGCUCAUUCUUCGCUCUUAUGUAAACCGCUUUGAGGAUGAAAUCCAAAGCCCCGUGGAGUCAUACAAGACGUUAGAAUCGGAAUUGGAAAAGCUGAAUAUCAAAGACAAAUCUCUGUAUCGCUCCACCUAUUCGCUGGUGUCUCCGAAUCGAGUCGAAGGUGUCAGAAUGCAUUUGGAGGAAGACGAGUCAAGUAAUCGAAAGCACAAACGCUUCGUGACACGGAUACUGAAGGCUCCUAACUCUUUCAUCAAGUCAAAUAAAUAG